AUGCUGAGCAAGCGCCAAGUCACCGUCCUGCUCCUGCAAGUUCUCCUGCAGCUGUGCCCGGGCUCUGGCGUCCAGUCUGCCCCGCAAGUUUUUGAUCUUCUUUCAUCUCCCAGCCGGAGACUGGUAAACUUUCUACAGCAAGCGCUUGCUGAUCCUACAUUGAAUGAAGUAUAUGUGCUCUCAACAUUCAAAUUGCAGACAAAGAGUACAGCCACCAUAUUUGGCUUAUAUUCUUCAGAUGACAAUAGCAAGUAUUUUGAAUUUACAGUGGUGGGGCGAUUGAAUAAAGUCAUCCUGCGUUACGUGAAGAAUGAUGGGAAGUUAAACUCUGUGAUGUUCAGCAACACCCAGCUGGCUGAUGGGAAGCGCCAUGCAGUCCUUUUGAGGUUGAGUGGUCUGCAGCGGGGAUCCAUCACAGCAGAGUUAUAUCUGGACUGCACGCAGGUGGAUGCCAUUCAAGGUCUACCUAAAGCAUUUUCAGGUCUAUACCACAGCUCAGAGUCUGUGGAAAUUCGCACCCUACCAAAAAAGGCACAGGACACUUUGGAUGAGCUGAAGCUGGUAGUGAAAGGCUCACUUUCCCAAGUAGCAAGUCUGCAAGAUUGCUUCCUUCAGCAGAUUGAGCCUGCUGCUCAGAACACAGAUGAUUUUAAUAGGCAAUUCAUGGGUCAAAUGCUGCAAAUGAACCAAAUACUAGGAGAUGUGAAAGACCUUCUCAGGCAGCAGAUCAAGGAAACAACUUUUUUGAGAAAUACUAUAGCAGAAUGCCAGGCAUGUGGUAAGUAUUCCUCACCUCUGGUGACCACUGUUCUGGCAGUAUUUCCUACAAACUUUCCAACUGCGCCUCCAGUGCCCCCUAAACCCAAAUGUGAAGCCAACCCCUGUUUCAGGGGGGUCAGGUGCAUAGAGACAGCAGAUGGAUUUCAGUGUGGGCCUUGUCCCGAAGGGUUCACAGGAAAUGGAGUUACAUGCUCAGAUAUCGAUGAGUGCCGCUAUAGCCCAUGCUUCCCUGGGGUAGGCUGCGUGAACAUUGUUCCAGGCUUCAGAUGUGAGGCUUGCCCCCCAGGAUACACAGGACAGACAGUUCAGGGGGUAGGGAUCAAUGCUGCCAAGAACAAUAAGCAGGUCUGCUUGGAUAUUGAUGAAUGUAAUAAUGGCCAAAAUGGAGGAUGUGUUCCAAAUUCCCAGUGCAUAAACACCAUGGGUUCUUACCGCUGCGGCCCAUGCAAACCCGGUUACACUGGAGACCAGGUCAAAGGAUGCAAGGCUGAGAAAAGCUGCAGAAAUCGAGCCUUGAACCCAUGCAGUGUCUAUGCACAGUGUAUUGAAGAAAGACAAGGAGAGAUUUCAUGUACUUGUGGCAUUGGUUGGGCUGGUGAUGGUUAUAUCUGUGGAAAGGACAUAGAUAUUGAUGGCUAUCCUGAUGAAAAACUCCCAUGCUCUGCUGAAAGCUGCAGAAAGGACAACUGCAGAUUUGUUCCAAACUCAGGACAAGAAGAUGCAGAUGGUGAUGGACUCGGAGAUGCCUGUGAUGAGGAUGCGGAUGGAGAUGGAAUUCCUAAUGAAGAGGAUAACUGUGUAUUGGUGCCAAACGUUAACCAGAGGAACAGUGAUCAAGAUAUCUUUGGAGAUGCUUGUGACAACUGUCGCACAGUCUUGAAUAAUGACCAGAGGGACACAGAUGGUGACGGGAAAGGAGACGCCUGUGAUGAUGACAUGGAUGGAGAUGGUAUUAAGAACCUUUUGGACAAUUGUCAGAGGGUUCCCAAUCGGGACCAGAAGGACGGGGAUAACGACGGUGUUGGUGAUGCUUGUGACAGCUGCCCCACUAUCAGCAACCCCAACCAGUCAGAUAUUGACAAUGACCUGAUUGGAGAUUCUUGUGACACUAACCAAGACAGUGAUGGAGAUGGACACCAGGACAGCACAGACAACUGUCCCACAGUCAUUAACAGCUCCCAGCUGGACACUGAUAAGGAUGGGCUGGGUGAUGAGUGUGAUGAUGACGAUGAUAAUGAUGGGAUUCCAGACCUCAUGCCUCCGGGCCCUGAUAACUGCAGACUGGUUCCCAACCCAGGACAGGAAGAUGACAACAGUGAUGGAGUUGGUGACAUAUGUGAAUCGGAUUUUGACCAGGACACAGUAAUUGAUCGAAUUGAUAUUUGCCCUGAGAAUGCUGAGAUUACCCUGACAGAUUUCAGGGCUUAUCAAACUGUGGUCCUGGAUCCCGAAGGUGAUGCUCAGAUUGAUCCUAACUGGGUGGUUCUGAACCAGGGUAUGGAGAUUGUACAGACCAUGAACAGUGAUCCUGGCCUCGCAGUUGGUUACACAGCUUUCAAUGGGGUUGACUUUGAAGGCACCUUUCAUGUGAACACGGUGACAGAUGAUGACUAUGCUGGCUUUAUUUUUGGUUACCAAGACAGUUCCAGUUUUUAUGUGGUAAUGUGGAAGCAGACAGAACAGACUUAUUGGCAAGCAACUCCAUUCAGAGCUGUUGCAGAGCCUGGCAUUCAGCUUAAGGCUGUUAAAUCUAAGACUGGCCCUGGUGAACACCUCAGGAAUUCACUCUGGCAUACUGGGGACACCAAUGACCAAGUCAGACUGCUAUGGAAAGACCCCAGAAAUGUAGGUUGGAAAGAUAAAGUCUCUUAUCGCUGGUUCUUGCAGCACAGACCCCAGGUUGGAUACAUCAGGGCAAGAUUUUAUGAAGGUUCUCAACUGGUGGCAGAUUCUGGAGUAACUGUAGACACUACCAUGCGUGGAGGAAGACUUGGUGUUUUCUGCUUCUCUCAGGAAAACAUUAUUUGGUCCAACCUGAAAUAUCGCUGCAAUGACACCAUCCCAGAGGACUUUCAGGAAUUUCAAGCUCAGCAGCUUGGAGUUGGAGAUAUUUAA